CUGGGCAAAGGUCUCAACUUUCUGUUUUGAUUUUUUAAGAUCAUAAUGUGCGUUUUAUUUCUCUAUGUUAAUGACAACCCAGAGCCAAACAAGUACAGACUGAUUAUUGCAAAUAACAGAGAUGAAAAGUUUGACCGUUCAACAAAACCUUUGGAUUACUGGGAUAGCGAUAAAUAUUAUCUGAGUGGCCAGGAUCUGCAGAGUGGUGUUGAGCAUGUUGAGGGCUGUACGUGGCUAGGUAUGUCUAAAACGGGAAAAGUUGGUGUGUUGCUAAACAUUAAAGAAAUUCCAGAAGAAGAUAAAGAGAGUAGGGGCUGUCUAGUUAAAGAUUUCCUCUCAUGCGAUCUCAACUGUCAGUCCUACAUCGAAAAAUGUGUAAAGCCCAAACAGGACUCUUAUAAUGGAUUUCAUCUCUUACUGUUGGACUGUAGAUCCCCUCACACUGAAAUGGCUUAUUUCAAUAACAGAGACAGUGAUAUGAAGUACGGUGAAAUACCAUUAGUUGAUAAAUGUGUAUGUCUAGGGAAUUCUUUAUCUGCUAGGACACCGUGGCAAAAAGUCGAGGAAGGGAAAAAGAGGUUCAUGGAUAUAAUUGAACAGUUUAAUCAAGUAGACAAGAAAUCUGAAUUAACAAGCAAACUUUUGGAUUUUUUAAAAGACAAAACAAAAUAUCCAGAUGAUCCAGUUUUGAGGAAACAGUCUGAAAUCACUAAUCCAAAUGGAAGUGAAGCAGACAUUGCAAGAGAUGUGGACCAGUUAAGUUCAUUGUUUGUGUAUAUGCCAGAGUAUCGCUAUGGAACACGAACACAUUCUAUUAUUACCAUAGAUUACGAUGGACAAUGUGAGUUUAUGGAGAAAACGCUGCAUACUCCAGUGGAUGAAAAUAGCUUUCAGUGGGACGAAACCGUACUGAAAUUUAAAAUUGGGAUGUAAAUUUAAUGGAUGCAUGUAAUCAUUUGUUUCUGAUCUCUCCCCCCCCCCCCCCCAUUUGUUAUUUAUGAUUUCAUAUUUCACCUAUCAUUUAGUAAAGUCCUCUCACUGAUUACAUGUACUGUACAUGUAUGUUAAUUUUGUUCCUUUCCUUGUACAUGUAUGACUGUUAGGCCCUAAGACUUGAUUAAAGUACGGUACCAGAUUCAUGUACUUACUUGGUAUUUUUUUUAAUGCUCAUGCAUGAUGCAGUGUUAAUGAGAUUAAAAUAUUAAUAAUUUGAAUGUACCAGGCAGUUUCUGGUACUUCCUGGUACCACCUCAUAAUAUCUGCUUUUUAAACACAAUAUGCAUUGCAUACAUGUACUAGCAUAUAUGGUUACAAUUCAAUAAAAAUAAAAAUGGUUACAGACUGUAUAAAUAUAAUUAUUACUUUAUACAAUAUAUCAUAACAAAUGUUUGAUAUUAUGUAUUAUAUAUUUUUCAAUAUUUUUUUAAUAUAAUAUACAAAUCUCUUUUUCUUUAGAAAGUUAUUGUGUCAAAAAAUGCUUACAGCCAUCCAGCCCUCAAAAUUUUGACGAUACUAUUCAUAUAGUACAUUUACUGUGAAUUAAAUGCCAUUUAGUACCAAACAUCAUUGUUAGUUUGCUCUUGGUUUGAGUUAAGGUUAUGAUUUCAAAUUUUGUCAACAAUUUGUUUUUUUUACUUUGUAAUUUCAUCUAAAAUGAGAACAAAAAAGCCCUUUUAAUCAAUGAUUUGACAUUUAAGUGAUAUAUAAAUGAUGGUACAUCGAAUUAUUUGUACUAAAAAUAUACAUGCACAUGUAUACUAUCAAUAAUCAAGUUAUCUUAUUCGACUGUUGAAUGUGAAUGCUUAAAAAACAAAACAUUAAUACAUUGUAUAUUAUUCUUCAUCAUAAAAAUCAUUACAAAUGCAGAUUCAUGUCCAUUUUAUUCUGAAUUGACAAGGCAUAAUAGAUAGUAAUUGGAAUAAUUGGUCAUUUACUCUUUUUUGUUCUACCGUGUAUUUGAAUAUUUACAAACUUGAGCAAGUAAAAUUUUCAUCAAACUGCUCAUAAUAUCUGCACAUAUAAUUAUUAAGUAGUUUUGAACUGAGUUAUUCUUAUAGGAGUUAUGGGACUUUAUACUACACGUUCACUGUACCUUGAUCUUUAAAUCACUCUACAUUUUACAUAUACAUUUUUCGUACAUAUAUAUCGUAUAUACGGGUUGUUUAUUUUUCAAACCAAGUUAAAUUCAUAUGUUACGUCAGUAGAUCUAGGUACAGCACUGACUUUCUCUUGGUGUCUUUAUGAUCAACAAAAUUUAUACCUUCAUCAUCUAUCGUUUUUACCUACGUAACGAUGAAAGUAUUUGUUUAUAAUUAAUGCAUGGAGUCUUUCCUUUUUUUCUAAACCUCAAAAAUUAGUGUCGAUCAUGUUAACAACGCACCGGCCGUUCCGGGGGGUUAGAUUCCGACUCGCUCGGAGACUCACCAGAAAUACAAAUAUUGAAAUGAUAUAUUAGAUCAGGGACGUAUAUACUACUUAGUAUAUACGUCCCUGAUUAGAUGUACCUAACCACAUCUCAACAUUUACAUGUACAUGUAGAUAUAUUCUCGCAAGAUAUAUACAAAAAUAACAUUUUCCUGGUCGACAAUGGUUACCACCAAUUAUCAUGUUUUCUUGUUUGUUUAAAAUCUUUCACGUGUGGUCUUUUUUUUUUUAUGCUAUGGACGUUCUUUUUUUUUAUGUAGGCUGAACUAUCUGGUUUGUGACAUUUAGCAAGACGUAGAUCUUUGUAGGUCGUUGAACACGCACUUCUUGUAAAGAGAUAUAACAUUUCUAUUUUUUUCAAAUGCGUUGUUGUAAAAAUCCUGAUGUAUAUACAUAAUUUAACAUACAUUUAUUCGAAGACACUUACUAGUAUAAAUGCUUUUUAUCUAAAUUUUACAUACAUGUGUACCCUAAAUACUUUCAUUACUUUAAUA